GGAUUUAACGUUUAACUUCAAAUCGGGUCAUACUUGGAUCAAAUCCAAAUAUAAUACAGUGGAGACCUGGGAGAGUAAAAUAUAAUAGCCUCAAGUGGACCGUGAGCAGGGAAAUAAUACGACCGUUGCUCUCACCAAAGCCCUCCGUCUUCUUUUCUGAAACAUUCAAAUUUCAAAACUUCACAAAGUCACAUUGUCUGAAAGAAAGCCUGCCAUAUUUCUCGCAAUUUCUCGGCUUCAAAUUAAACCCACGCUCCCCAAUUUCAUUGAUAUCAGAGCUUCAUUAUUCAUUCAACUUUCCAAUCAAUUAUAUAAUCUCAUCUUUGUUUCUUUAAAUCCUCCAAAACCCACCAUUAAUUUCCUCCCAAAAAUUGGAAAACCAAGUAUUUCUGCUUGAACAAUGAAAGAAGAAAUCGAAAAACCCAGAAAAUUGAAGUUUUCUAAUGAAAAUCAGCCACCAAAGAAUAUAAAAUCAGGUAAUAAUUCAUCUUCCAAGUUGAAAUCGGCUUCUUCAUGGGGUUCUCAUAUUGUAAAGGGUUUAGGAGGAGAGAGAAAAAGUAAGCUUCAGGCAACAACAAUGGCAGCAGCAGCCAAAGUAUCUGGCUUAUCUGAAUUGAAAAGCAACAAUCUAGGUGGGAAUCGACCCGUUUCGAGUAAGGUAAAGAAUAGGGGUUUAAUCAGUGAUUUAUCUUGCUCUGUUGCAGCAACUCAAGUUCAUCCUCAUGCUUUACAGAACAGCAUUAAUAGUAGUAAGCUUACGGUAUCGUCGUCGCAAGAUUUGUUUGUUGAGAUUGAGAAUUUGAGGAUCCUUUUGAAAGACUCGAAGCAAAGGGAGUUUCAAUUGCAAUCUGAGUUGUCAGAAUGUAGGAAAAAUCAGAAGGUUUUGGAGUUAGAAAAGGAAGUUGAAGGUAAGAAGAAUGAGGUUGAGAGCCUGACUAGGAAAAUUAAACUGUUAGAAUCUGAUUUUAAGAAUGGAAUUGAUGGGAGACAAGAUUGUGAGAAUGAGGGUUUCAUUGAAAAAUCGAAAAAGCCGAAAAAUGUUGAAAUGGAAGUGGUUCAACUCCGGCGCCUUAACAAGGAGUUGCAGCUUCAGAAGAGAAAUCUUUCCAGUAGAGUAGCUUCUCUGGAAUCUCAGCUGUCAAAUUGUGCAAAAAGUUCUGAGAGUGAAGUCAUGGGGAAAGUAAAAGCAGAGGCAUCAUUAUUAAAGCGUACAAAUGAAGAUUUGUCAAAACAAGUAGAGGGGUUGCAGAUGAAUAGAUUGAAUGAGGUUGAAGAGCUUGCUUACUUAAGGUGGGUUAAUGCUCAAUUACGCAAUGAACUUCAAAACCCGUGUUUGUGUGGUGCUGCUGAUGUGGAAUCGAGCACUCAGUUCGAAGAAAAUACUCCACCAGCUAGAUAUCCUGUAGAAUGCAGCAGUGCUAGGAGAUUGAGUGUUUUAAAGAAGCUUAAUAAAUGGCCUGUAACUAAUGAAAAUCUAUCAAGUCAAGAUUGCUCGAUCGAUUCGAUAAUUGAAAAAAGGUGGGAGGGACACAUUGAAGAUAAUAGUUUAGGAAGAAGACACUCCAUAAGUGGAUCAAAAUGUUGUGAUGAGGACUUAAUGAUGAAUAGAAGAAGACAAUCAGAUGGGUUUAUGUGCUUAAAAGAAGUGGAAUGUAAGGGAGAUUCAGAUGAUUCACUAGAUUAUCAAAAGUUAGAAGCUAUUAGUGUUUUUGCUCCAACAGAAGUUGAGAAGAGGGCAUUAAGGAUUCCAAACCCCCCUCCAAGACCUUCUGCAAAGCCCAAUGAAGCAAAAGAAGUCAGUGAUGGUCAAAGUCCUGUGGCACCCCCACCCCCACCUCCACCUCCUCCUCCUCCUCCCCCACCUUGUCAAAGGUUUUCCGCAGGAAGUAAUGUUGGAGCUGUGCAACGUGCACCACAAGUUGUAGAGUUUUAUCAUUCAUUGAUGAAGAGAGACUCACGAAGAGAUUCGUUGGGAGGAGCAGUAUCUGAUUCUCCUAAUUUAUCAAGUGUUCGUAGCAACAUGAUAGGAGAAAUCGAGAAUCGAUCUUCAUAUUUGCUUGCUAUUAAGGCAGAUGUUGAGACUCAAGGGGAAUUUGUUAAUUCAUUGAUUCGAGAAGUUAAUAGUGCGGUGUACCGAAAUAUAGACGACGUGGUGGCAUUCGUCAAGUGGCUGGAUGAUGAACUGUGCUUCCUUGUGGAUGAAAGGGCAGUCUUGAAGCACUUUGAUUGGCCAGAAAAGAAGGCUGACACCUUGCGAGAAGCUGCAUUUGGCUACAAAGAUCUUAAGAAAUUGGAGUGGGAAGUCACUUAUUAUCAUGAUGAUUCUCGAUUACCCUGUGACAUAGCCCUCAGAAAAAUGGUUUCAUUGUCUGAGAAGAUUGAACGUACUAUAUACAAUGUACUUCGAACAAGGGAGUCGUUGAUCAGAAAUUGUAAAGAAUUUCAAAUUCCUACAGAUUGGAUGCUAGAUAGUGGUAUCAUUAGCAAGGUAAAGCUUGGGUCUGUAAAGUUAGCAAAGAAAUACAUGAAUAGAGUGGCUACUGAACUCCAAUCGCGAUCAUCACUUGAAAAAGAUGUUGCUAUGGACUACAUGCUUCUUCAAGGAGUGAGGUUUGCUUUUAGAAUUCAUCAGUUUGCUGGAGGAUUUGAUGCGGAAACCAUGCAAGCAUUUGAGCAACUCCGGAAACUUGCUAAUGCAUAGCGUUGAGUUAGCAUAUAGAUUGCCCACAUUACAGAUUUUGUAUCUUUCUAUAAUCAUAUUAUUGUACAUUUUUAGGAUAUGACGAUUGAAAUUUUGUUUAAAGGGGAAGGGAAGACGAGGUUGGAGCCUUGGAGGUCAUGGGAAGAUGAUUUUGUAAGGUAUCUCAGUGAGCUUCUGCGUAGAGCACAAAGUAAUGAAUGUACUCAAGGGAUCUUAACCUCCUUUUUUGUAUGUAAACUUAACGUGACAUUUCCUGUAAUACUGUAAUCCAGAAGAUGCUAUUUCUAAUGAUAUACAAACACUUUGUAAUUGUGUUAAACUUGUCUUUUAACCACUGCGAUGCAUGCAG